UCCUCGCUCCUCACUCUCUCUCUCUAGCUUUCUCUCUCUUCUGGUUCGAGGCCACCGCCGAUCGCUCUACCGGCGACCGCCGUUCCCCACCGGUUCCUAGAUCCCGAGGCUCCUCUCCCCGCCGGCGUCCUCGCUCGGGUCCCGGAUCUUCCGCGCCGCGCCUCGCCUCCGAUCCCGGAAUCUCGGGCGCGUGAGGAUGCUCGACGAUUGGCUGGGGGCUCGCCGGGGGUACCAGAUCCGGCGGGCGAUGCGGCACGGCAAGGUGACGGUGCUCUGCCUCCUGAUGACCGUCGUCGUCCUGCGCGGCACCAUCGGCGCCGGCAGGUUCGGCACCCCGGAGCAGGACUUCCACGACCUCCGCGACCACUUCUACUCGCGGAAGCGCGUGGAGCCCCACCGCGUCCUCGAGGAGGUCUCCACCGAGUCGGGCCGGUCGGCGUCCGCCCAGUCCGAGUCGACUCAGUCCUCCUCGUCCUCGUCCUCGAACAGCUACGAGACGUUCGACAUAUCGAAGAUCCUCGUCGACGAAGGCGAGGAGGAGAAGCGGGAUCCGAGCAAGCCGUACAGCCUCGGCCCGAGGAUAUCCGAUUGGGACGAGCAGCGGGCUGAGUGGCUGAGGAACAAUCCCGAUUUUCCCAAUUUCAUCCGGCCGAACAAGCCUAGGGUUCUGCUCGUCACAGGUUCGUCCCCGAAGCCGUGCGAGAACCCGGUCGGUGAUCAUUACUUGCUGAAAGCGAUCAAGAAUAAGAUAGAUUAUUGUAGGGUGCACGGCAUUGAGAUCUUUUACAAUAUGGCGCUCUUAGAUGCUGAGAUGGCUGGGUUCUGGGCCAAAUUGCCUUUGAUUAGGAAGCUGCUGUUGUCGCAUCCGGAGAUCGAGUUCUUGUGGUGGAUGGACAGUGAUGCUAUGUUCACUGAUAUGGCGUUCGAGGUGCCGUGGGAGAGGUAUAAGGACUCUAAUUUCGUGUUGCAUGGUUGGAAUGAGAUGGUGUAUGAUCAGAAGAACUGGAUUGGGUUGAAUACUGGUAGCUUCUUGCUUAGGAAUUGUCAGUGGUCCCUGGACCUUCUCGAUGUUUGGGCACCAAUGGGUCCUAAGGGGAAGAUUAGGGAAGAGGCAGGGAAGAUUCUGACUAGGGAGCUUAAGGAUAGGCCGGUUUUCGAAGCCGACGAUCAGUCUGCAAUGGUGUAUCUGCUCGCGACCCAGAGAGAUAGGUGGGGCGAAAAGGUGUACUUGGAGAGCGCUUACUAUUUGCACGGUUAUUGGGGGAUUUUGGUGGAUAGAUAUGAGGAGAUGAUCGAGAACUAUCAUCCUGGCCUGGGCGAUCACCGGUGGCCCCUCGUGACUCACUUUGUCGGGUGCAAGCCGUGUGGUAAGUUUGGUGACUACCCGGUCGAGAGGUGCUUGAAGCAGAUGGAUCGCGCGUUUAACUUUGGUGAUAACCAGAUUUUGCAAAUGUAUGGCUUCACGCAUAAAUCGCUUGCUAGCAGGAGAGUUAAGAGGAUUAGAAAUGAGACCGGCAAUCCACUUGAAGUGAAAGACGAGCUCGGAUUGCUUCACCCUGCAUUCAAAGCAGUUAAGGCUUCUGCAUCUUGAUGGCUUCCGGACGUGAUGCUUAGAUUUAAUUGAUUUCAUCAUUUAUUAUUCAGUUGAUGUUCUUUUUUGUCAGCUCGAGUUCUAAGAUACUCUAUACAAGUCAACUUGUAUGUUGUUAUAAAUCUCCUGUGAUAGCUCUCCCGAUCGUAUUCCUUGUACUUGAUCUUGUACUGAUUCUUCCAUAGUGAAUAUAGUCUUCAUAGUUUAUGUUUCCAA